AUGGACGAUGACGGAGCUCUCCCGAGUCCUUUGUACAGCGAAUCUCAUCAGAGACAAACUGCGUCUUGGCUAGGAACACUUCCUCUCAUUGAGUUGUUCUUGAAGCAGUUGUCAACAGCAUCAUUGCUCAGGCGGAAACGAAUUUCCAAUCCUGGUUGUGAUUGGCUUCGGCCUGUUGGAGCUCAUUCGGCCCGAACCAAGAAGGUCGGGGCUACGAGCAACAAGCGACUCGACGAUGGAGACGAGAACAACGAGGGCGGCGACGACAGCGAAGAGGGCGACAACAGCGACGAACAGAACCAACAACCCAGCAAGAGACCAAGGACAGAUGGCGAGACAGUAAACCCUGAGAUGCUGGGUUUCUACCGCCGCAAGACACACACGCUCGGCAAAGAGGAGAGAGCUUCACCUCGAGCUCAUGUGGCAAGACCAAUGAUGGGUGUAUCUUAUCUUUCGACAAUAGGAAAGUCAGGUCUUGACAAUGACUUGUUUUUCAUAUGGAUAUCCCCCCAUGGCCAUGACGACUUUAGAGAUGAACGAGUAAGGUCGAUUGUCAAUUUAGACUUGGCAGAACCCUCUUCACUCCCUCAACAAGAUGGAAUGGUUUAA